GAAGCUUUUGCUUAGGCUCACAGUUUAAAGGUACAGACCAUCAUGAUGGGAAAGACACAGCGGCCAUUACUUGAGGCAGCUGGUCAUAUUGUAUCCACCAUCAGGAAGCGGAGUGAUGGAUGCUGGUGCUCAGCUUGCUGGCUCCUUUUUAUUCAGUCCAAGACUCUAGCUCAGGGGAUAGUGUCACCCACAUUCAGAGAGGAUCUUCCUAUCCCAACGAACCUGAUCUAGAAACUCCCUUACAGACAUCCCAGAUGGGUCUCUCUUCUGUGGUUCCAGAUCCUGUCAAGUGUGCAGCAGUAACCAUCACCAGGCUAAUGCAUGGAUUUGAUUUUACCCACUGUCCUCUUUGGAGGCAGAGGCUCUCCACUGCUUCUGGGGUGGAUUUUAGUUUGAGGUACCCUUCCCUCAGUCUGUGGUUGGCCUGUUGUGGAGUGUGACAGUUGAGCCCUGACACCGAUUUGAAAAAAACAACAAUGGAAAACAAACCGAUGUCCAUGCCAUUAACUGUAGAUCUUCGGGCCAUGUCUUCAGAGGGGGCCUGAGAGCGACCGAUGGGCACUCUCUCCUUUCCCCUGAAGAGACGAAACCAAGAUACUUCUCCAGCCCUGCGCCACAUACCCAGCCACCUACAGCCGCGUAGGUGCCAGUGGUCUGACAGUGUGUGGGCCUGAACUGGCUCAUGUAUGCUGAGGGCGGGGCCACGUGGAGGCUCUCUCCUAGGGACGAUGGCUGCCCUUCACACUACUCCAGAAUCCCCAGCUACCCACCUGGAGCCUGCCGAAGAUGGGUCAGAAUGCGAUGCAGACCCUGAAGAGGAGGAUGAGGAUGAGAAGGGGAGGGAGGAGGCGGAGGGGGAGCAGGCCGAAGAGGUAGUGGUGGAAGAGGAGGAAGUGGCCACACAGGUACAGGAGGUGGAGGCGGAGGCCAGCUCAGAGGACGGUGCCGAUGAUGCCGAUGCUGACAGUGUGGAGGAGGUGCUGGCAGAGGAGCAGAGUCUGAGCUUGGGGACCCAGGAGCAGCUUAGCAAUGGUGGUGAUGUGCAGUCGCCAGCUCUUCAAGGAGAAGCCCUGCAGGCCUCCCGAGUGUCUCCUACUAUUCAGGACGAAGACCCAGAGGAAGAGGAGGAAGAGGAAGAUGAUGAGCAUUUCCUGACGCAGGGGCUGGUGACUUUUGAAGAUGUGGCUGUGUACUUCUCUUUGGAGGAGUGGGAGAGGCUGGAUGUGGACCAGCGGGACCUCUACCGGGAAGUGAUGCAGGAGAACUACGGGAUCCUGGUCUCCUUGGGAUACCCAAUCCCCAAGCCGGAUCUGAUUUUCCACCUUGAACAAGGAGAAGAACCUUGGGUCCCAGACAGCCCCCAUCCUGAGGAGGGAGACAUUGUCACCGGCGUCUACACGGGAGCCUGGUUCUGGAACGAUGACAUAGAGGACCAUGAAGAGGAAGAUGAUGAGGACUUCCUUGCUGAGAUGGCAGAGGAGGAGAACGAGCCCCCUGGGCUGUGGUCUGCUGCCUAUGGUGUGGGGGACGUGCCUGGCACUUGGGGCCCUGAUGACUCAGAUUCGGCUCAGACUUCAGAGGGUUGGAUACCCAAUCCAGGCAGCCUCGGGAUCCUGGCCGAGGAGGUUGAGGCUAAACAUUUUCUGUCCAGCCGGGAACCUGGGGAGAACUUUCUGGCUCCCUGGGCAUUUCCCGCAGUGGCUGUUCCUAUGGGACAUCCGGAGACCACUUGCGAUGUGUGCGGCAAAGUAUUCCCGCACCGUUCGCGCCUGGCCAAGCACCAGCGUUACCACGCGGCCGUCAAGCCCUUCGGCUGCGAGGAGUGUGGCAAGGGCUUUGUGUACCGUUCACAUCUGGCCAUCCACCAGCGCACUCACACCGGCGAGAAGCCCUUCCCGUGCCCGGACUGCGGCAAACGCUUCGUCUACAAGUCGCACUUGGUGACACACCGGCGCAUCCACACGGGCGAGCGGCCCUACCGCUGCGUCUUCUGCGGCGCGGGCUUCGGGCGGCGCUCCUACUUGGUGACCCACCAGCGCACGCACACGGGCGAGAGGCCCUACCCGUGCCUCCACUGCGGCCGGAGCUUCAGCCAGAGCUCAGCGCUCGCCCGCCACCAGGCUGUGCACACCGCUGAUCGUCCUCACUGCUGCCCGGACUGCGGCCAGGCUUUCCGCCUGCGCGCUGACUUCCAGCGGCACCGGCGCGGCGGCUGCACGGAACCCAGCAGCGGCGAUGGCACGGGGAUGGCCCCCCACGAGAUGGAGAUGGCAGUCGCCUCUGUAGCCACGGCGGAGCCGGAGGAACUGGAGGCCAGGCCCGAGGAGAUCGAAGAGCCCGUGCCUGGGGUGGUAGAUGGAGACACCGAGGCUGAAGCCAGAGAGGACGAGGAGGUGGUCGCUGCGGCGGCAGAGGCGACUGUCCCCGACAGCAAGAAGGACCCUGAGCCAGACAGACGGUUCCGUGAGAUGGGCAAUGGCCUGAGCGGGGGCGAAGGGCCUUCCUCGCACCCGCUCGGCUUCCAUUUUCCCAUGCACCCCAAGUCUUGGCUGCAUCCGGACGGCUUCCCCAUACUGGGGUUCCCCGAGUUCUCGGAACGGCUGCAGGCUGAUGGGCGCCAUCUCUCCGCCCCCCUGGGCGCCCCGCUGGCUCUGCAGGGCGCCGGGUUGGCUUGUGACCCGUUUCGCAGCGCGGGCUCCGGAGUCGGGGCGGAUGGCGGCCUGCGCGCGUUCGCGCCCGCCGUCGGGUCGCUGCUGGCGGAGCCCGCGCCCGCCGCGCUGGCGGAGGAGGAGAGCCCGUGGAUCUGCUCCGACUGCGGCAAGACGUUCGGGCGGCGCGCGGCGCUGGCCAAGCACCAGCGCUACCAUGCGGGCGAACGGCCGCACCGCUGCGCCGACUGCGGCAAAAGCUUCGUCUACGGCUCGCACCUGGCGCGCCACCGGCGCACGCACACGGGCGAGCGGCCCUUCCCGUGCCCGGAGUGCGGCGCUCGCUUCGCCCGCGGCUCGCACCUUGCGGCGCACGUGCGCGGCCACACGGGCGAGAAGCCGUUCGUGUGCGGUGUGUGCGGCGCGGGCUUCAGCCGGCGCGCCCACCUCACGGCGCACGGGCGGGCGCACACCGGCGAGCGGCCCUAUGCCUGCGGCGAGUGCGGCCGGCGCUUCGGGCAGAGCGCGGCGCUGACGCGGCACCAGUGGGCGCACGCCGAGGAGAAGCCGCACCGCUGCCCUGACUGCGGCAAGGGCUUCGGCCACAGCUCGGACUUCAAGCGCCACCGCCGCACGCACACGGGCGAGAAGCCGUUCCGCUGCGCCGACUGCGGCCGCGGCUUCGCGCAGCGCUCCAACCUCGCCAAGCACCGGCGCGGCCACACCGGCGAGCGGCCCUUCCCCUGCCCAGAGUGCGGCAAGCGGUUCUCCCAGCGAUCGGUGCUCGUGACUCACCAGCGCACGCAUACGGGGGAGCGGCCGUACGCAUGCGCCAACUGCGGCCGGCGCUUCUCGCAGAGCUCGCACCUGCUCACUCACAUGAAGACGCACCGCGGGCAGGCGGGCGCGCAGGCGCAGAACACCGCCGCUAAGGCCCCGGCACCUGCCAAGGCAACGCCGCCUCCGCCGCCACCGGGCUCGGGCUCCGGGUCCGGAACGCUGCUCGAGUUCGCCGGCGGAACCAGCUUCGGUUCCGAUCCCGCCGUGUUCGCUGGGCCCUCGGGCGCCUACGAGGAGAGCGUCCUGUGAGGCUGGUCGAAGCGCGCGCGCGCGGCGCUUCCCCGCUCCUGGGCGGGCUGAGGAUUCCCAAGUUUGGGUGCCCCUGGGCUUCAUCGCCCCGAGCUUCAGAUCUCGCGCUUGGGCGCGCACGGGCCGCCACCCUGAUCGAGAGUGCUCCAUCCCUGGAUCUAUGCUUCAGGGAUAGCGGGCAAGGCCAAUUCGUCCAUCACGGAUUCCGAUUCAGGGAUUCAGGUGGCCCGUAGAGCCCAGCUUAGGAGUCUGUCACCCGGCUUUCUGGCAGCGAUGGGAAGCUUUUAGCAUCGGGAGAGGGCAAGAGAGAUCAUCCGGCUGCUCCCCUCCGCAUCUGGGUUUCUGGGUGGGUUUGGCUUCUUCCCAUUCUCCCUAGGAGAUUCGGGGACCGUCUUCCGGUCACUUGAGUGUGUCCAGUAAGUUUUAAGAACAUGGUUCGCUGCAGGAGCCUCCCUCGAAUCGGGGGAGGGGGACGAAGGUGCGAACAGGUAAAGCUUUUGUUCUGUC